UGUUUAGCUGCGAAUUUACUUGGACCUCAUUGGCUCAUGUCUCUGUCAGUCACACGGGGCCUGGACAUGGCGGUCGCCGGCAGCUGGCAGCCUCCCCGGCCCUGCGAGGUCUACCGCGCGGAGUGGGAGCUCUGCCGCAGCGCCGGGCACGUCCUGCACCACUACUACGUCCACGGCGAGCGGCCGGACUGCAGGCAGUGGCUGCGCGACCUGGCCAGCUGCCGCGAGUGGGAGGAGAGCCGCAGCCCGCGGGCCCAGCGAUCCCUCUGUGAGAGUGAGCAGGCACGGGUCCAGGCUGCACAGAAGCACACCCUGGUGUGGGCCUUGAGACAGAGACCCCCUGCAGACUGGAACGUCCCUCUACCACAGGAGAAGGACAAGUGAUGAGUGACAAGCAAUUGCAACCAAGCUCUUGACCUGGACUUUGACCUGGGACACAUGGACGGCAUUCCAGCUCUGACUGCGUGUUGCCCAGGCAUCGUACCACUGUGAUACUCUGGAAGACACCUGUGUCCACAAUUGCAAGAAACCAAGCACUGUGGAAAGUACCUGUGAGCAACCAGGUUGGUCCAUUGUGUCCAUGCCACCUCCCCUGAGGUGUGAGAGCCUCAGGUACACAGUGGCAGCCCUGACCUGUGUGGAUACGUGGCACAGUAGUCAGAAAGGUUGCUAAAUGGUUCUGCAGCAAACGGCUCUCUUUGACCAAGAGAAAUGGACCUCGAUGUCCUGGGUUUGGUGAUUACUGAGUUAUCCAUGCAUGGAGCUUGGAUACUUGCUCAGCUGCGCUGGAGAUACAGUAGAACAUGUUCAGUGGGCCAGGCAACUUGCCCCUUUGUACCAGCACCUUUUACUGGUUUUGCAGACUUUUAAAAAGAAAUACACACAGCCUUGCAGGAACCACAGAAUCUGGGGUCAAGAAAUCCAAGUCCCAAGCAGAAAGUAAGACUUCAAGUCCAAAAAAUAUGAGAUUGAGGCCUCCUGAUUGCUCCUCAUCAUGAAUGUAUUAAAAGCUGUUUUGCAUGUUCCAUUCCAAAAGCAACCUGAAAAUUAAAGCUACAUUUGUUACACUCUC